GUGCCUCGCCGGCAGUCUCUGUUCACGUGAGCCAAGCGAGCCCGAGGCAGAACCUGGCCUGAGGUGGUUGUUCUGUCUUCCCAGGAAGAAGCAUUUUGGCAUCAGCUACCUGGGCCGGGAGAAGAUGGCUCCUGAGACCUAUAUCCCCCUGACGUCAGAGGGGGAUCUGAGCUCGGCCUUCGCUAGCGCCUCCCAGCCCUACCUCCAGCUGCGCGUGGACGUCAGACCUUUGGAGGAGAGUCCCCUCUUGGAAGACUGGGAUAUCAUUAGUCCCAAGGACGUCAUUGGCACUGACCUGCUGCCAGUGGAGAAGCGCUCUCUGACGGCCGUGGCCCUGCCUUUCACUCAGUCCAUCCUCUCACAGGUGGGUCGGACACUCUCCAAGGUCCAGCAGGUACUGAGCUGGUCCUAUGGGGAAGACCUCAAGCCCUUUAAACCCCCACUCAGUGAUGCCGAGUUUCACACCUACCUGAACCGUGAGGGCCAGCUGUGCCGGCCUGAAGAGCUACGCCUGCGCAUUUACCACGGAGGAGUGGAGCCUUCCCUCCGCAAGGUGGUGUGGAGGUACCUGCUCAAUGUGUACCCGGAUGGGCUGACGGGCCAGGAGCGGAUGGACUAUAUGAAACGGAAGACACUCGAAUACAACCAGCUGAAGAGUGAGUGGCAGCAGCGUGCCAGCGCCGAGGACCUGGAGUUCAUCCGCAGCAACGUGCUGAAGGACGUCCUGCGAACGGACCGCGCCCAUCCCUACUACGCGGGGCCCGAGGACAACCCCCACCUCCUGGCCCUCCACGACCUGCUCACCACGUACGCCGUCACCCACCCCCAGAUCUCCUACUGCCAGGGCAUGAGCGACAUCGCCUCCCCCAUCCUGGCGGUCAUGGACAAUGAGGGCCACGCCUUCAUCUGCUUCUGUGGCAUCAUGAAGCGCCUGGAGGCCAACUUCCGCCUGGACGGCGAGGCGAUGUCUGUCAAGUUCUCCCACCUGAAGCUCCUGCUCCAGUAUUCAGACCCCGAAUUCUACAGCUACCUCCUCUCCACUGGGGCCGACGACCUCUUCUUCUGCUAUCGCUGGCUGUUGCUCGAGCUCAAGCGGGAAUUUGCCUUCGAAGACGCUCUGAGGAUGCUGGAGGUGACGUGGAGCUCUUUGCCCCCAGACCCACCAGAGAAAGAGGUGGAGCUCGUGGGCUUUCCUGCUCCAGCCAGAGAUGGCGAGCAGCCUGUUCGCCAGAGGCACAUGCUGCGGCCCACAUACUACGGCCUGGACGAAGCCGGAGACAAAGCGCUGCACCCGAGGGGAGACAAGAAGGAGGAGAGCCUCGCUGCGGAGGAGAGCAGGGAGCCAGCCUCUAGGGAGAAGCCCCUAGCCAGGCAGGCCAGCGUCGAGGACCAUCGGCCUUACCAGGCUCCGGCCCUACAGGCUGGGGAGGAGGUGCAGUGGGGCAUCCCUUCGCAGCUCCUGGGCCAGUUGGCCAUGGAAGAGGGAGCCACGAGGGCUGGUGUGCUGGUCCCACUGGCGCUACCCCUUCAUAUGACCAAGUCCUUUUCAGCGCCGUCCCUGAGACCUUCGAUCCCUCCUUCCUCCCCAUCAGCAGCCCAGUCCCCGUCGUCCCCAGAGCCCGUCCAGGCAGGGGAGGAGAGCAGCGACAAGGGGGGCUCCCUGGGGAAAAGCCUGUCGUCCCCCUGCUCGGCCACGCUUCUGCCACUGCCCCCCAUCCCCCCACCGCCACCAGCCGGGGCUGUCGUGAGCCUCCCGCCACCCCAGGAGUUUGGCCGGGGGAAUCCCUUCAUGCUUUUUUUGUGUUUGGCCAUCCUGCUCGAGCACCGGGACCAUAUCAUGAAGCGCAGUAUGGACUACAAUGAGCUAGCCAUGCACUUCGACCGCCUGGUGCGGAGGCAUCACCUCGGGAAGGUCCUCCACCGGGCUAAGACACUGUUCGCCGACUACCUGCAGUCUGAGGUGUGGGACUCCGAGGAAGGCGACGAGGCCGCGGCAGACUCUCCGCCUGCUGCCGCCUCUGCCGGCGCGGCGGCCACCACUACCCCCACCGCCUCCUGACCCCAGGAACCUGCCCUGCUCCCUCCUUCCCUUCCUCUCUCCCCAUCCUGUCUGUGCCAGCUGCUGCCAAGAAAGGGGAUCCUGGGUGAAACAGACCACUGGCUACCUCCCUCUGCCUCUGCCUUCCCCUCAUCUGCCUGCCUGCCUGCCUGCCUGCC